AUGAGUGCAUCGGCAGAGCAGAAACGCAAAAUAGAAGAGAAUAGGGCACGAGUGUUGGAAAGGCUUCAAAAGAAGAGAUUAGGUAAUGCGACAAGCAACGAUAAGACCGCGUCAUCAUCGUCAUCCACUACCCAUAGAGAAUCACCAAAAAGGACACUAAAUCAAAUACUAGAUCCACCAACCAAGACACUCAAGUCCAAGUUUAUUGAUUUUGAAAGUGAUGGAUCAGUCAAGAGAUCAAAAACACAAGACCAAAUUCAAAAAGUUGAGCAAAAUAGACUUAGAGCAAUAGAGAUACAAAAUAGAUUACGAGAUCAGAAAGAAAGUAAACAAGCUCCUCAGCAAGCGGGUGAAGUUACCUAUGGACCAACUACUGAUUUGGAAAAGAUCCGAUUGAACAAAAACAAUCCUGAUUCGGUAUUUGAUUCUCGCAGGGGUAAAUUCCAGCCACCACCAAUUAAAAAGAAGGACUAUAUUGAGUAUGAUUUUGCUACAAUGCAAGAUACCAAAGGUGGGUUUAUACACGAUGAAGAUCGACCACGUCAUGAUGAAGAGACAUUACAAGAAUGGCAAGAUAAACAAAAGGAAUUGGAACAAUUAAAGAAAGCCGCGCCACCGAUUGAUAUCGACGCGGCACCGAAAUGCUAUGAGUGUGGAUCACUUGAUAUUGAUUUGAAUUUGUACACCAAUUUCCGCAAAGUUCGUGCUUGUCGACAGUGCAUCAAAAAGAUGCCGGAAAAAUACUCACUUUUGGUGAAGACAGAAUGCAAAGAAGAUUAUCUUUUAACAGAACCGGAGUUGCAAGAUCUAUCCUUACUUCCAAGGAUUGAAAAACCCAAUCCACAUGGCUACAGUCGCAUGCAAUUAUUUUUACGAUUCCAAGUUGAAGAAUUUGCAUUUAAAAAAUGGGGGUCAUCGGAAGGGCUAGAUUUGGAAUGGGAAAGACGUGAACAAAAUAAAUUGAAGCGGAAAGAAAAGAAAUAUCAGGAUGCAUUACGUGAAAUGAGGAAAAAGACUCGAGCAGAAGAGUUUACGAGGAAAUUACGCCAUGGUAAAUCGUUGAAUGAGAGGCAUGUUCAUGAUUGGGCUGCUCCUGUGAAAUUACUGGAUAAUAUGAUAAAGAGGCGAUGUAUUGAAUGUGGGAUAGAAAUUGAAGAAGUUGUUAUAUGA